AUGUUCUCUGAACGCACAUACCAAGCUCGCAUUAUCCAAGAGGACUACCGCUCAGCAGCAACCUCAAAAUACGUACCACCUGAGGAACCAUCCAAAGCGAAGUUGCUCUUUCAAGCUGUGAAGAAGAAAGCAGCGUCGUACUUGGUGAUCUUUCUGGAUACAUCGUCUAUACAUGGGCUGAACCAUCUUGUUGCGCCUGGGAGACAUCCUUUGGAAGUCUUGCUCUGGCUAGCUCUGGUGAUCCUCUCCGUCUUCGGCUCCGUGUACCUGUCCAGCACUACAUGGGAGCGCUACCAGUCCUCGCCGACCGUGGUGUCCAUGGACCGGGACAUGUUCGCGUGGAAUACCACAUUUCCGUGCGUCACCAUCUGCCCGCAUCGGAGGAUUGAUGAGAAGAAACUGGAGCUCUAUGUGAGAAACUCCCCAGUCCCAGACAAGACAGCCCUCAAAAAAUUCAUAAUGCAACUAUCAAACUCAACCUACAAGAAUUUCGAGGAUCUACCCGAGUACGACCCAAUACCUACCACCGAAUACCUACCCACUCUUCUCAACUUGACUGCUCAUUUUGGACCCACAUUGACCAUAGGUGCUUCGGGGAUUCUUCUGAAGGUGCAACCCACUAUUACAGAGAUGGGACUGUGUUAUGCCAUCAAUUCAAAAGUUGCUGAGUAUAAUUCGCCUUCGUAUAGAGAUGCAAAUAGAUGGGCCGUGAUAAAACAUCAAAAUGAGACGUUUUUCGUUCAUCCUUUGGACGGUGAAGUGUUCGCCCAAGUGAUUAAUUUAUCGACUGCUUAUGAUGUGUACAUCCACGGUCCCUUGGAAGUGCCAGACAUAUCCACCAAGUUCCAGCACUCGGCACAGGACUUCUACAUGAAGAUGUACGUGACCGCUCUUACCGUCUACACCUCGCCUGAAGCUGCUAAGCUAAGCGUAGCCCAGCGUCGCUGCCGCUUCCUCAACGAAAACCCGCUAAAGCAUAACUCUGUCUACACCUACACCAUGUGCCGUAUGGAGUGUCGGAUCCGGCUGUGUAUGAAGUACUGUGGCUGUAUACCUUUCUUCUACAGGAGGAUUGGCGAUGAAAACAUUUGCGAUGUAGCUGGAAUGCGCUGUCUCUCUAAAUACAAAGAUGAGUUGUAUAAGCUCGAAGUAGACAAGGAUAAGAAGAAAAUCAACUGCGGCUGUUUUCCCAUCUGUGACGAUGUCAACUAUGUUAUACAGUCUUAUGUACUGCAAGAGUGGUUUCUGGGCACGAACCUGCAGUGGGGCAUUGUCACCUAUCCCCGGAUGCGGUACAGGAGAGACAUAAUCUUCGGUUUUACUGACGUGCUAGUGGCUGUGGGCAGUAUGGCUGGCUUGUUCCUUGGCUGCAGUGUGCUCAGCUUCAUGGAGAUCGUCUAUUUCCUGUCGCUGAGACUCUUCUUCUAUACAAAGGACGCACUCACCAAGAAGACUUAAUCGAACCUUUUAC